AUGCUUCUCCGCUGCAGUUUACUGAAUGGAGAGUGCCGCAAUCUGUGUGAGAAGGGUUUCGACAGAAUUGGCUCCAUCAGAGUAGAGUGUGGACCCUGGGUGGGUUAUGAGCAGCAGAGCUUUACUGGUGAGAUGUUUAUGCUGGAGAAGGGAGAGUACCCCCGCUGGGACACCUGGUCCAACAGCUACAGGUGUGACCGCUUCAUGUCCGUCAGGCCCGUCCGAAUGGAUCCCCAGGACCACAAGAUUUGCCUGUAUGAGUGUAUGAACUUUGAGGGUCGUAAGAUGGAGGUGUGCGAUGAGGAUAUUCCCAGCCUGUGGUCUUAUGGUUUCCAGGACCGUGUUGCCAGUAUCCAGGUCACUGGUGGAACUUGGGUGGGUUACCAGUACCCCGGUUACCGUGGCUACCAGUAUGUGUUUGAGAUGGGCCCUUACAAGCACUGGAACGAGUGGGGCGCCCACCACCCCCAAAUCCAGUCCAUCCGCAGGGUGAGGGACAUGCAGACGCAUCGCAGAGGCUGCUUCGAGAUGACCGCAUAG